CAUGGGAUAAAAAUUUGCGCCAUGUUGGUAGGCAGCGUCUGAUACUAGUAUUUACGUUUCGCCUGUAAAUAAAGUGUUUUUGUAGUUGCUUUUGGCACGCCUGAACAGCAAGCUCGUCUCCAACGAUGAGUCCGGCGGAAACGAAAAAAAACAAGCGACGAAAGAACAAGAAGGUGGCACGUUCUCCAGGGAAAGAACGGAUUGAAGGCGAAGGCAUGUCUUCAGAUGUUGGCAGUGCUAAUCCCUGUAUUGGCCAAAGCGGAAAGGAUAUCAUUAUGGAUUCAUCAUUGUCAAAGUCAUCAUGUGGGCCAAGAGAGGAAGUGCAUGAGUGCAUUCUUUGCUCAAGGACUCUUGACACUGGUGCCACUGCAGAAGCAGAUGAUAACAAAGAUGUUGUGGAUAUCUUUGGACCAGAAGCUGUAUGGGAAAGGUUGAAGUCAGAGGCCUUUUGCUCACCAGAUGCCUUUUUCAGGGAAGACCCCGACUUGGCUGCUGCGCUGAGAGAUGGAACCUUUCCAAGGGAGUUUUUGAAUUUAGCUGAUGAUUGUGAUGCUUCUGUGUGCGUAUGUGAACGCUAUAACAACUGGAAGUUAUUUGACCCAGAUACAGACCAAAAGGAUGUUUUGUGCUGGAUAGGGGUGAAGCGGACAUUGCAACGAAUAUACGAGAAGGCAGGACUAGGGAGCAUGUGUGUGUCUUCCUUGUGCGAUGACCAGCCAUCUCUAUCAGAUGCUGAAGUGCGUGCCAUGGUGUCGCACCUACGCCGCAAAGACUCUCAUCACCUGCUUCAAUGCCUCAAGUACCAGGUUCAACAGUUUGUAGUAGGGUCACGCCUGCGCAUACUGCGCGAGCUGGUGACUGGGUCCCAGGUCGAAGAAGCUCUUGUAGCAGAGUAUGCAAAGCUGCGACUUGCCUGGGAAGGACUGAACCCCCUGCUCGACGAACUGGUUACACUCGACCUCAACAAAUAUGGUUUGUCCUGGGAGGUGGUGAAUAAGUACCUAUUUCAAGCUAUUAUCUACUCUGAUCCAGAGAUUUACAAAUCUGUGACAGACUUGCUCAACCAAAGACACUGUGCAAAGGUCAAACAAGAUCAUAAAGCAUUAUUUGAGCUUGACAAGGAUAUGACAAUUGCCACCAUAAUCUGGAGGAAAGUGCAGCAGAUUGUAGAUGAACCACAUCAGUUAGAGCAAGUGUUACCUGCCCAAUGGCUGCCGCCUAGUUGGAAAUCGAUUGACCCAGAUCUUAUAGCCAAGAAUGUUGGAGAGUGUUGCAGAAGCCUUUUAGCCGGUGAACUACCACAAGAGGGGUGUACUGCAGAGCUAGAACAGCAGCAGUGCUACCUGGCAGCAGCCUCUGGCAUGGUGUGCUCAUUUGUGGAUGUCCAGCCAUCUAUAUCAGCAGCAGGAGAACCACAGUCAACGCUGCACUUGUCAACAUCACCACCACUGUCUGGAACUGCUUGGGGUCAUGAGGGAGAUACGUGUGGUCCUGGGACAAAUAGCCAGGCAUCUGAGGCCAACCUUCCUGAAAAGCAGGUUGCAGAGACGUGCGAGUGUCCUGCCUGCACACAAAUGCAAUGGAACCCGCAGUCACUGCUGCAGUUGUAUGGGGCACGUCCAAUCAACCUUGACAUAGACUCGCUGGACUUAACGCAGAUCAGGGACUGGGAGGGGAGCCAUUUCAAGUCACGGCAUUCUAGUGCUGAGCAAUCACCUCAGCCAGUACCCCCAGGCACUGCCUCAGGUCAAAGCUCCCCAACCCCUGCACGUCGACACUCUGAGCCCGGAACUUGCGGGAACUCUGACUGUGAUAAUGCCUUGUUAGAUGGUGAGGACUCAAUGGAUGAUACGUGUUCAGUGCAGAGCUCCUCGACAACAGCCUCCAACAAACGCAGUGCCGGCGACAGUCGUGUCUGUGACUGUUGUUAUUGUGAAGUGUUUGGCCAUGGGGCGCCUCCUAUGGCUCCUGUUAGCAAGAAUUACCAAGAAAUGCGAGACCGGUUACGACAUAUCCUUAGCAAACGAAAGGCAGAGGCAAUUCACAUGGCCAAGCAGCGGCAACAAAAUGAUCAUAAGGAGCGGCAUGAAGAUGAUAGAGAGGUUGAUGAACUGCUCAACUACAUCAAUGGAACCGACACGGGAGGCCGUAGAAAAGAAUCCACACAUAUGGCUGUGGAAUCCAGCGUUGCGAACACAAAUUCCUCAUCAAUGGUGAAGGGGACUCUGACCAAGCGACAUAAACGUAAAACCAAGAGGAGAGAAGAAAUUGACAAGACAAAGGAAGCAAUAGAAAUAAAGCUUCCUUCUGUUAUAUCAAGGCUAGUACAAGCAGAAACAGAGGUGCAGAAGGCACCAUCAUCACCAAAGGCAGUGGUGAACCGAAAAGAAGCCUGCAAAGAGAAUGGAAUCCGGUUGAACAAGUGUUCUAAAAGUAAUGGCAUGAGUACCAAUGGUAAUAGCUGCAUCGCCAGCAUUCGAGAACUGAAUGAAGAAUGUCUCCCACCGGAAGUGUCCUUGCGCAACAAGGUGACUUCCAGCAUAGCCAUAAACACAACGUCUAACAGCCGAGGACCCACAACAUCAAUAUCGGGUAAUGUGUUCAUCAUUGGCAGGCCAUCAUUACCUUCAGAAACUGGCGGCAUGUUCAGCAAAGAAACUUUGUCAAAAAUGACCAUAGGAGAUGUGGAGUUAUCGGUGACAUCAUCUACAGUGCCUGCGAAUAAUGUGAUAAAGAAAGUGACCCAGGACCGGAAAGCCUGCAUACCUGGAACUGCAAAACAUCGUCAUCAGCAAAGCUGCUCUGCAGAUCAGCGUAUAGAAGCCAAAAAAGAACUAUGCAUUACACACCAUCUCAACGGCACACAGAAUGCUUCCAAAAGCAAGAAGUCUAGGAAAAAAAAGAACUCAACUGAUGUCACAUCUCCAGAUGAAGUAUUUCUGCCAAAGGAUAUUGAUUUGGAAAGUGGUGACCUGGAUGAACUGGAACGUGAAGUGGAAGCUUUUAAAAGGUUUUGUUUCAAUUCCGUGCCUGUGCCCAACAAAGAGAAAGUCCACGUCAACUUGAAGGACAUUUUGCUACGAAGGAAGCAGUCCUCAGCCACAGUGAUGUCAACGGGUUUGCUGCAGAGAACGUAAUGCAGCAGUGGCCUGUUUUCAUCUCUAUGUGAUGCUCCCAGUCACAACCCAAAGUUAGGGUCCUUGGAGUUCGAAAAACUUGUGAAGCAGUUGUACUCUGUUAAGGACAUUGUUGUGUUACAAAGGGUCCUGUUUGUUUAAAGCCGAAAAAAUAUAAUAAAUCUCUCAGAGCAUCA